UGCAGCAUAACUGUGCUUUUAUUUUUCAUCUCGUCGUCCACGAAGAAGAGUCGGCAGACCUCCGCGGAAGUGCACAAAAAUGGUCCUGGAAAACGGAACGCUGGAUACCAGUAUGACUAAGGAGAACCCAUGGACUAUACCUCCCAAUGCUCCAGCAUGCAUGGAAAAACACUUGGACUGCGCGCAGUACAGGGCGGAUGGAACAUUGCUUCUUGGGGCCUCCAGUCUAGCGGGCAGGUGCUGGUUGGGCUCGAUAUGGGUUUACAAUGAGCCCGGGAAGGCCCCGAAUGAAGGAUUCUGCAAAGCUGGUGUACAGACAGAGGCUGGCAUCACGGAUCUUAAAUGGGUGUCAGAAAAGGGUGUCCUAGUUUCAUCUGAUUCAGGUGCGUUGGAGUUAUGGGAGCUGUCAGAGGACGAGCAUUUGUUGGUGAACCGCUUCAGUAAACAUGAUCAUGACAACAUCAUCACCAGCGUGAGCCCCACGGUUGGUGGCAUCACUGCUGUCACUGGCAGCAUGGACUGCCGAAUCAAGAUCUGGGAUCUUGCUCAAGAGACGGUUGUCACCACGUACAAUGCACACACAAAGCCAGUCAGCUGUGUGGCCUGCAGUCCACUAGAGGACGCUCUCUUCCUCUCCUGUGGCCAGGAUGGCCGCUUGCUGGUGUGGGACACGAGGAAGCCAGACAAGCCAGCCUUGCGAAUAGAUCUGGAGGCCCCUGGCUGCUGUCCCACUUCCGUGGCCUGGCACCCUAAUCAAAUGAGCACUAUUGCGUAUGGUGACGAGUUGGGUCGAGUGGCGCUGAAGGAUUUACAGGGAUCACAGCCCACCCUGACGAAGGCCAUCCACAACCGCAGAGUCACCGGUCUAGCCUUCUCCACACACAGUACCCCCUUGCUAGCAUCCAUCAGUGAUGACUGUUCCGUUGCUGUGCUGAACACUGAACUUGCAGAACAGUUGAGAGACAGGCGGCACCAGGACUUUGUGAGGGGGGUCUGUUGGCUCCACGGCGGGUCUGACUCUCUGACCACCGUCGGCUGGGACCACCAGGUGCUGCAUCACACGGUGGGGGCGGCGGCCGAGGCUCAGACCAGCGCCCCCUAGAGGCCGGCCGAGGUCCAACCAACCAUGACGUCUGUUGACUUCUGAAAUACCGUCACUUUGAAAAAAAACGUGUUCUCCUUCGUUUUCUACACCUAUUUUGGUGCAUUGGGAGAGUGCGUUUUCAAAGUUUUGCUUAUUGGUUUGGAAUGGCGCCUUAUCAUUGUUUAAAGCUGUGGGGCCUUGGUCUGAAAGUAUUCAAAUACUGUAGUUUCUGCAAUUUCUAUCAACUUUUUGACUGUAUAAUAUGACUAGGCACUUGAAUUCAAUCUGUAAUAUUAAAGUACAUACAGAACUAA